UAGGGAUGUGUUUCUUUCAUAUCGUUCACAGGGGAUGACUGCAUGGUGUCUCCAGAACGCUACAGAGGAGCAGUGAAUUAUACCAUAGAAGGACGGGACUGCCAGGCGUGGGGUUCGGCCUCCCCGCAUCUCCAGACUUUGGCAUAUUACACUUCAGUCCAAGAGGAGCCUGCAGUCGGGAACAAGUGCAGGGACCCGUCCGGAGAUGGCGUCUGGUGCUACACCAUGGACGCGGGCAAGAGAUGGGAAAACUGCCCUGUGCCCUAUUGUGCGCACAAAAUCGGGCUGCUGGCCUGUGGCAACAUCCUGGGCGUCCAGGACUCUGCCGACGCCGAUCCAGACGCAGGACGGCUGCACAUUGUCGGGAAAUCUGACCGCCAAGUGGGCGCCAUCAUCAAGAUCAGCGUGGCGAUAGAAGCCGAGGGACGGCCUACAAAAUACAGCUUCGUCAACAUUCACGUCGGGACUUCUUCUCUCGACCUGUCAUGCAAGAGGAACUGUAACCCUGACAGCCACGUGAUUUCGGAGGAGCUGCAUCUUGAGUCAGACGGUAACUCAGACGGGAACGGGUACUGGACACUUGUGGAAUCUCCAGACGACUUUCCCGGACUGGACUGGAGUCUGGACGUGUCGCGGGUCACUGGCAACGAAGUUAAAGUCCGCCCAGACGUCUUCUGGGCGGCUGGGAACUACACGCUCCGGAUCACAGACGGCAGCAAGAUUGCCGAGUGGAGGUUCCGAGUGCCGGUGAACCCGUGGCGGAGUUCGGGGGACCCGGCCACCGAACCCUGCAGGCUCAUCCCUCCGGUCGGGAUAUCACUGAUGGAUCAGUUCUGCGUCACCUGCGAUGACUACGUGGAUGAGUAUGGACCUGUCCAAAUGGAGAUAAAGUACGAGUUUAUACCGUCAGGAGUCCUCACACCAACAGUCGCGUUUCCUGGUGACGAGCCUCCAACAGUGAUUGACUUUAUCCUCAGCUUAUUUACCGGCUGGGUCGGAUACACGUAUAUGGUGGACAUAGCACCAGGCACUGUCAUCCUUAUUCUGCGGGCGUUUAGCUUUGACGGCCGGUACACAGAGGUCCACCUAGCACCUAUCUUGAUAACGGAGACUAUUGAAAACAUGAACCAAGUGCCUCUAGAUGACAUCGAGAGCGUGAUGGGAGUCGCGUCUGUGCUGCUGCUUGUCACACCCUUCCCAGAUCAACUGACGCCCGAAUCCACGGUCUCUGCUGCGUCUGCCCUCAAGUCAGCAUUUGUGGCCCUCAGAGCGCUGUCAGGGGACAGUAGCGAACUGUCUGUCGGUGCUGUGAACAGAGCUGCCGGAUCUAUGUUCUCAGCGGUGGGGAAUGUGUUCACGUCUUCCCAGACCAAGGCAUUGGCAGAGCGAGAGGCAGGAAUCAGCAACUCUGUCACUUUAGAAGCGGUGCAUAUCAGGAUUCAGCGACAAAACCGGACCAUCCGAGAAGAGCGGGUGUACCAGGUAGGCGGAGUGAGUGACUGUCUCAUACGGGUGCCGUCUCUCCCGCCACUCAUCGGAAAUCAGUGCCCUCCUGGAGAAACCGUUGGAGUACAGACGUUCCUGUUCUUCGCCAAGACGAGCAGAUCGUCUUUCGGGAUCCUUGUAGAGUUCAACAGUACCCUCUUCCCCCAACCUGUCACAUUGGUCCUGAGCAAACACGUGCAACCUACAACAGACCAGUACAACUGGACAGCUACACUGCCUGUGCCGGAUGACCAACUGUUCUCUAUAAAGUGGGUAAACGGCACGUACCUGACUGCCGACCCUUACUUGUGGCACCUUUCGGAGGAUGAGAUGGACAUCACUGACGGAGACGUAGAGAACAUGACCAAGUACUACGUCGGAGUCCAGUUUGGCUCGGAUCUGGACGUAGGAAGUGGAGUGGUUGUCAACUUUACACUGUCCGUAUUCGAGACGACCUGCGUUUACUUCGCUGAGGAGCCUGUCCAUCUGUGGCAAGGCGACGGCUGCAGUACUGGAGUGAUGUCCAACCUGACACACAUGCACUGUCGGUGCGACCAUCUCACCAAGUUCUCCGGCUUCGUGGCGCCCAACCCGCUCAACAUCCAGGAGGCCCUCUCUGCCAACAUCUUAGAGAACCCCGCGGGACUCAUCUUGGUACUGGCGGUGUUCGGGUCAUACCUGCUUCUCCUCCUGUUUACAAGGAAGGCAGAUAGAAAGGAUCUAACCAAGGUUGGUGUCGGGAUUCUACCAGGUCACAGACUGAAUCCCCGCAAAGACUGCCAGUAUGUGAUCACAGUGUACACGGGCUUCAAAGGCAAUGCCGGAACAACCGCAGAGAUUACAAUCGUCCUGAACGGGUUUAAGGAGUGCAGUCCGCCCAUCACACUCAGGGACCCCAAGAGGUUUCUGUUCGAACAGGGCAGCGUGGAUUCUUUCCUGGUGUCCACAGAACAGCCGCUGGGAGGUCUGACCCACGUGAACGUGUUUCACAACAACGCUGGGUACAGCCCAUCAUGGUUCCUUAACCAGAUCAUUGUAGUCAACAGAGGGACCAAUGAAACAACAUAUUUCCUCUCUAACAGGUGGUUUUCUAUCGAUGAAGAUGACGGAAAGAUCGACCGCAUCAUCCCAUCAGCGUCGCUGGAAGAAAUGACGGAGUUCCGCAACGUUUUCCUGGCCAAGAGCUCCAGGGACAUGAGUGACGGCCACCUGUGGUUCUCCAUUGCCGGCCGCCCUGCCCGGAGUCCCUUCACCCGAGUCCAGCGCCUGUCCUGCUGCCUGACGCUGCUCUACAGCACCAUGGUCACCAACAUCAUGUUCUUCGGCCGCGGGGACGACUUCGACCCGCCGGAGCCGCUCAGGAUUGCCGGUGUGGAGAUCGACCCUCCAAUAUCUCUCCCUCAGUUGAUGAUCAGCAUACAGAGUGCAGCUAUCAUCCUUCCUGUCAACCUUCUCAUCGUCUUCUUCUUCCGCAACUCUGGUAAGAGACCCAAAACAAACGCCAGAAGCAAGAACGCGGAAUCCAAAACAAUUGACGGUAGCGUUAACUAUUCCAAGAACACUCCAAGGAGCAAGGAAGCUCUUCCUCCGAAUAUCCGAAGCACACCCUCCGAUUAUUGUCCGACCAACAGACCGACCGUUGGUUUGAAGAUCAGGAGAGAGGACGCUGUGCGACCGGCAGUGGAAGUUCCUGACGAGAAAGAUGUUUCUGAGAAGUCGACUAUUCCUUGGUGGACUGUGUACUUUGGUUGGCUGCUUGUGUGGUCGGCGAGUUUCGUGGCGGCGUUCUUCACAGUUCUCUACACGUUAAGUUUCGGCAGGGCGAAGGCAGAGGCCUGGGUUUUCACCUUCGUCACGUCAUUCUUCACCGACCUGUUCCUGGUGCAGCCCUUCAAACUCAUGCUGGUCGCCAUGCUGUUUGCUUUGUUGGUCAGGAAACCCGUGGAGGACGAAAAUCCGCAACCCGCGCCGGUGGAAGAGGAUGAGGAGUAUCUACAGACCGAUGUUGAGGAGUCCUCAGACGAAGAGCGGUCCACGCUGCCACCAGACGAGUCUGUCCUGGCCGAAGCGAGAGCGAAGAGCGCAGAGAAACGCAAACGUCGGUCGGCUGUGCUGGAGGUGGUCGUGUUCGGGCUGUUCGUGACGGCCAUCAUGCUCACGGCGUACCAAGAACGGAGCCCGCUGGCCUUCUACAUGACGCAGGGCGUCAAGGAAAACGUCUUUGGAAGCGCGGACGAGCUCCCAGAUAUCAAAGGCAUCCCUUCCUUCUGGGAAUGGGUAACGGAGAGUCUGAUCCCAGCCACACACUCAGGAGAAUGGUACAACGGACAGGCCAGACCCGACCGUAUGGUACUUCCCGACAUGUUAACCCACCAACUCGGCACCACACAGCUCAGACAAGUCCGGCUGAUACCAGGCUUCCCGUUCUUCGGAAAACACGGCACAUACUUCGGGGGCGGUUACACAACGGCACUGGGAACGACAAUAACAUCAAGCGCAACAUUGUCAGCGUACCUAGAUCAGUACAACUGGCUAGACGAGCGAACCCGAGCCGUUUUCGUGGAGCUGAUUCUGUACAACCCGCACGCCAACCUGUUCUCCGUGGUGUCGGUAGUGGUGGAGUUCACACAUCUUGGGCCUGCCUUCACCAGUGGGGAGGUUGCGACACUCAGACUGAUCCAACAGGACGCCCUCCUGCUACUGGCGCUUCGCGGCGUGCUGGCGGCAUUCCUGCUUUUCUUCACCAUUAAAGAAGCCAAAAGCUUAUUCGGUCGACCACUUGAAUACCUGAGUGAGUUCUGGAGCUGGGUGGAACUCUCGGUCAUUCUCAUCGGCUUCGGCAGCCUCGGAGUCUACUUCAACGCACAGGGCAUCAUUGACGAGGCCGCCGAACAACGCCGAGCCGGCAACACGGUGUUUGACAUCUACAAAAGCGCCGUGAACUGGUUUCAGGUUUACACGUACCUGCUAGCGUUUCUCAUCUGUUGUGCUACCCUGAAGCUCAUUCGGCUCUUGCGGUUCAACUCGCACGUUUUUGCACUGAGCAUGACGAUCAAAAAGUCCUUCAAGCCGGUUCUGCAGUUCUUCUUUGUAGCUGGUAUCAUCCUUAUGGCCUUUACUCAGAUGGGGAAUCUCCUGUUCGGCACCAAACUCCAGGACUACAAGAACAUGCUGACCAGUCUGACCAGCCUGUGUACCAUGAUGUUGGGUGCUUUUGAUUUCCACGCUCUCGUUGAUGGCCACUAUAUUCUCGGCCCUCUGAUGUUCUUCUCGUACCAGUGCAUGAUGCAGUUUGUAUUACUGAGUAUGUUCAUGACUAUCAUCAUGGAUGUGUACGCAGAGGAAAGUCAGGACCCGAACACAGAUGAUUUACAGAUGGUCGCAUUUCUGAAGGAUACAACCUCUGAGACAGUGGACAAAGCAAAGCACAAUCUUUCAGCAGUGAAAAUGCGAAAACCGGAGAAAACUGUCCACAGAGAAUCACCUGAUCCUAAAAACCUUAACAAGUUUGCAGUAAUCCUUGAGGAACUUGGCGAUACGAACAGACUUUAGACUGAGUUGAACUAUGUUAUCAUUACUAUGGAUUUUUAGUUUAUCUAUUUAUUCGCAUGUUAAAAACAUAGCUUAGGUAGCAAGUACAAAUCAAAACGUGCCGAGGGUGGAAAUGAAGCCACGAGGCUUGUUCACACCUACCCCAGUUUCAGUCACAGCUAGUUAUUUAUAAUAAUAAUAAUGAUGAUAAUAACAAUACGAACAAUGAUAAUAAUGUAUAUUACAAUAGUAACCCAAUGUGUAUAUAUGGUUCAUUCGUUUUGUGUCGGGAGUUUACAUGAUUGUCUAACGUGGAAAAAUGACAAAGAUGUUUUAUGAUGUUUUGUUAUUGUGUUGUUUAUAUGUACACACGUUUGAUAUAUGGUUUCACUGACAGUGGUGACAGAAUAGCUGACCUUCUGACAUGGGUGGAGCCAUGUCAAACUCAAUAUGUGACGCUCAUAUCAACAUGGUGUCUUUGCUUAUUAAUAUUUCAUUCAUUUGUCCUUCCUUGCAUGAGUAACCCGCAACAGCGAGCUCUUUUACCACUUGGCAUUUCAGGACAAAAUAGAUCAUAGAACAAUGGAAAGCAGGCAGAUCGUCAACGAAGCUUUUUUGCUGCCAGAUUGCAUCUCUGUCUUUUGUAAUAUCCAAAGAACGACCCUGGAAAUAUAAUAAGAUUGACCAUAUGAAGAGACGGCCAUGAAAACACUGUAAUUAAAACAUCACAAUAAAAACACUCAUUAAUUAUUAAUGUGUA